AUGGAUUCCCCCGCCAGAGCUGUGGCAGAGGUGCUGAAAGACGUGGUGCUUCACUCGGACCUCUUUGGCACUGUUGUGGCCGAACUCGAAAAGCGGAGUGGCCGAGAUCCAAAGGAGUUUGAAAGGCACUUCAUGGAAUGCUCCCGCGAAUGCAACCGCGCCGCGGGUGCACCGCGGAGCACGGGCUGCGGUUUGCCCUUCAUGGAAAAGAGAGGCGCGAGGUCCUUGAAGCAAAAAGGGGAAAAGCGCUUUGCCUCGGUGACCCUGAGCGCACUGAAGAAGUUCUCCGCGGCUGAAGAGUUGAGGCCAGAUGAGGGCUUGUCACAAAGGCAGGAAGCGCCCCGCAUGUCAUCCUUGCCCAUUAAGGCUGUGCGAAGUUGGCCAAGCGCCUCACGCGCAGAGCUGCUGAAGUUGGCAAUGGCCUCAUGGGCGGAUUUCCUGAAGAAGGUGGAAGACCCAAGCCCUGGUGAGGCCGUGGUGAAAGCAACCAUCUCUUGGUUCACAGAUACGAUGAAAGUUGAAUCUCCAGCGUUGGCUGAGGGAUAUACGGAGCAGAUGCUUGAAGACCAAUUUCCAAAAGAGCUGCCAGUCCAAGCCUGCAUCCGCCGUGUGCUUAGGGCUGUUGAUGCAGUGUCCCAGGCCCGUAGAGCUCAACAGGCGGCUGGUACAACUUCCAGCGCGCAGUCGCUGGCCAAACUGUUUCUGCUAAGCAAGGUGGCAGAUGUGGCCAAUCUCCUGCACAAGGCCCACAUGUCCAAUGUGAGCUUUGGGCUUCAAGCUGAGCAGUCACUUUGGAAUAGCAUGCACCAGCACACAGAAGAAUGCAAGGCAUCCGGAAAAACGCCUUUUCUGUUUGUGGACCUUACUUCCAAGGAGACUCUUCCGAUGUGGCUCACGCCUGAUGUGAUUGGUGGGAAGUUCCAGUUGCAUGAUGAUGGCGAAUGGCCUCUGCGAGGGCACGUCCCCAUCUCCUCACUGCAGGAUUUAGGCAAGGCAUUGAAGAGUGCCACUGCCUCUCCUAGAUUCUUCCGAACAGUGUCUCAGUGGAAUGGGGCUUUUCUUCGGUACGCAAUAGUGGCCGUUGCGACAGGUCAACUGUCUUGGCCAGUUGCGCUGGCGCAUGUGGACAACGUUCUCCAGCUGGCCGAACAAGAGCGGAUGAAGGGAAAUAGGCCGUUCUUGGCCUUCCUGUACGAAGAGCUCCUGAGGAAAAAUUGGGCGCGUCGUGCAGAGAAAGGCGACCCAAGCUUGGACAUUCCAGGCGAAGCCCAAAAGAUUGACAAGGAUUUGUUGGAUAUCGCAAAACAUCGGCUUGCCGAAGUCAUGAAAGAAGCCGGUUUGAGUGAGCAGCAGGCCCGUCCGCUUUCUUCUUCCUCUCCCAGAGAAAGCACGGACGAGCUGGUGUCUCGACAGCUCGCAGCUGCUGAAGCAGCCCAGAAACAGGCUGAAAGAGUCACCAAGCAGUUGAUGGAAACGCAGCAGAAGAUGUUCAGUGCAGGUCCUGCGGGCGGUGGAGAGCCCAACCAGCCAACGGAUGCCCGGCCGCUCACAAACCGGGAAAAGAAGACACACAACUGGUAUUUGAAGACUGCUGCAAGAAGAGCAGCCCAGCAGAAACAAAAGUACCAACGAGACGAGCGACCAGUGCAGCUGCAGCAGUUUGCAACCGACGCAAUUUCACCACACUGCGACCUGUCUGUUUCAAGCCGUUUCGAUUUGCCAAGAGAAACAGAGCUGCCAGCUAAGAGCCAGGUAGGUGUUGCACACGCUGAAUUGCCCAGCUUACAUGGCCUUGCCCAACGUGCUGUGGAAGGGCCCCAGGUUUCAUCUAGGUUUUUGGUCCCCCAUGGCUUGGGCGCGCCGGUUGGGCUCAGUCCGUUGCAACAUGUUGAAUUUUCGUUGGCUCUAAAGCAUCCUGCUGGCUCACUCCAAGUGUUAGAUUCUGAUUUGCAAGAAGCCAUAAAUUUUGAAUGUGCCCACACGGUUGAAGACAUUCACAAUUUUCGUCAGCAGCAGCUGCAAAAAGUCUUGCAGGCCGUGGAUCAACUCCAAGCUGAAAGGGUGGAAUGGACCCAAGGUUCCCCGGCUGAAGUGCAACUGUUAACCAGUCGCAUCCAUGGCCCCUUGUGGCGCUGCUUGCUCGCAAUGGCUGGAGUAGAAGCAGGCAGCUUCUUGCGCGACCUGCAGUUUGGAUUUCCGUUGGUGGGCGAGCUGCCUCCUUGCGAAGGUAGCAGCAAAUCAGAGGUCUUCAAGGCAGGAAUGACCGUACAGCAGCUGCGCCAGAACAGGGUUGAGUUGAAUCAGAAAGUUCUUGCUGCAGUAAAAGAGUUGCCUUUUUGCGACAACAUUUCCCCGCAAGUGCAUGACGAUUCCUUGUUGGGUGCCGUGACCGUUCCCAGGCUUUUGACGCCUAGCGAUGUUGAAAGUGUCACUUUAACAAGGCGGAUACCAGUCAGGGAGCUAAGGGCGAAGGGCUGGAGAACGCGGGUCGUAGACCACGAGUCUGAAAGCGGAGUCAACUUGGCCACCCGUCCACGCGACAAAAUCCAACAUGACACGUUGGACACGUUGGCUGCAAUUGACAGCAACGUGCACAUGUGGAAGCGGGAUGUGUCAAAAGCUUUCCGCCGGGUUCCCAUCCGCUCUAGUCAUUUGGAAUUUUCAUGGUCUGUGUGGAUCGACCAGGGUGUUCUGUGGACUGCCCAGCACAAGGGGAUGCCUUUUGGGACUGUUUCCGCCGUGUAUGCCUGGCACAGGGAACUGUUAGGCAUCAUCCUCGUUUGGGGCACCUUUGAACAUUUGCUCCAAGGGGCCUUGUGGCUCGCUUUUGUUGAUAAUGAUGGCGUUUUGCAUGCUCUGACCAAGGGUGGGGGUGGAGGUCCUGAGUCCUUCGCUUGUAUAGGGAAACUCUGGCUUGAACUAGCCUAUGGGCAAAUUGACUUGCAUUGCGGAAGGGUUGAAUCUGCAGCAAACAUUGCAGACGGGCCCACGAGAGAGCAGUUUGACCUUUUAGGACAAUUGAAGGCCACCUGGGUUCCCCCAAUUUUACCCCCUUGGGUUCAGCAGAUGGACUUUAAGCCAGUGCUGCUUUUCAUUCCCUGUUCUGCUGCAGGUCCAUUGAUGGCCCAAGAGCUUCGCAAGCGCAGCGUGGAGAAAGUGACCUUGUCAGCGAAGCCUAGCUAUUUGCAAGCCUCGCAGUGGGUCGCUCACGUAUUGCACUCUUUCACAAUCCGAGAUGACAAGGCUCUGGUCUCUUCUCUGCGCGCGGCUGAGGGCUUACAACUGGACAAAGAUGAUGUUUUAGCCUCCGGGGCUGCGGUUUUGCUCAAUGCCAAAGAUAUCUGGUUUGGCCAAAGUGAACCGCUGCAAGCGCGUCGAGAAGCCUUAUUAAAGAAGUGGCAUGGCCUUCCUCUUCCUGGUGGUUCGAGUCGGGCUCGGCACCCGAUGGGCGGCCUCAAGGCCCUUGAGUUCAAAGCCAAAGUCGAAGACAUGGCGGCGUGGUUGGCUUCAGUUGACAAGCAUGUUCAGCCAGCAAUUUGGCAUCAUCAAGGUGCGCUUCAACUGGUCGGCAGGGGUUUUUGGUGUCCGGAACAUUUAGACGGCUUGCAAAACGCUGAUGUGUUGAAGUUUUCAGCAGAUGAAAAGGUCAAAUGCUUGUUGCAAACAGCGCUGAAGUCUGCGUGCCAAGCUGCUCAGGCCCGCCGCAAAAGACUGGCUUCGCAACUGGACGCUGACAGGCCUCAAGCCUCGUCCGCAGAACACGCAGCCAGCAUGGUGAAGGGUAGCCAAAAUGCCGCUGAGAGCUGCGCCGAGUCGAUGUCUCAACCUGCAGCAAGGGGCCCUCAGCUGGCCACGAAGCAAUUGUCCAGCGCUGACACGGCGGAAGUGCUAACGGCGCUGCAAGACAAAGCAGAAACCUUGAAGCUGUGCUCCCAGCAGGGUAGCGGGCCGUCGGUUGCUUCAGGCCUCAAGGCCUGGCGCCACUUUGCGGUUUGCUUUUUGGGAUACAACGCGGAAGAAACUCUUCCGCCACGCUGUCCAUCCGAUGUGCUAAAGUUCAUUGCCUUGUUCUCUUCAGCAGGCACUGCUAAAAACUAUGUGGGCUAUGUUGCUUGGGCUUGCAAGUACCAUGGUCAUUCGUUGGCAUGGCGUACGCAUGAAGUGAAUUUGGCGUUGCAAGGAUUGAAAAAAGCCGAGCAAGUCAGAUCUCAGCACGUCCUCAAGCACGUGCGCUUGAUGACGCCAGAUAUCAUGGUUCGACUGCUGAAGCUUUGUGACGCGCUGCCUGCUUUUCAGAGGGAUGGUGAUUUAUUUUUGCUGGCGUGGCAAUUUCUGCUCAGGGUCCAGUCUGAAGCGGUGCCGCUGCAGUUUGGCGAUUUAACUGAUCAAUCUUUGCUCCCACCGGGCCGGCGUUCGGCAAUUUGGGUGGAUGCCCAGCUUGUUUGCCACUUGCGCUUAAAGAAGCGGAAGCGCAUGCCAGGAGGCUCAGUGAUGGUUCGGCCAUGCGUGUGCAAUGGUUCUGAAACGGAUAUCUUGUGCGUAUCGCAUAGGUUAUUAGGCCGACUAUCGUCCUUGGAGCCAGGCCACCCUUUGUUUGAUUUCACGGCCAGCCAGUUUUUGAAACGGUUUAGAGAUUUGCUCCAUAUGCUUCAAGUCCCAGGGUUUGACCAAUUUAGUUUCAAGGCUUUCAGAGCAGGCAAGGCGACUGCCCUGGCCAAGUCAGGGUGCCCUGUGCAUGUUAUCAUGCAGAUGGGCCAAUGGAAAAGUGCUGCUCUCUUGAAUUAUGUCAGCCCUGAUGCCUUGGAUGAAGGAGUGUUUUGGCGUGAAGUCGCUAAUGAACCGGAAGAUGAGUAG